UCGAAAUUACUCGUAAAAUUUGAGAACAAUAGUACAGUUAAUUAGUGAUGUUAAGCCAAAAACUAGUAUUGUUUCUCAUCAUUUGUAUCGCAACGUAAAUUUUUCUCUUAGUUUUCACCCUUGCGCUCUUUUUUAAUUUAUAUUAUUAUCGUGAAUUCUCUUUACGAUAGGUCGAUAUCUGCAUGCUUUACGCACUCCUGAUAAACUUUAUGAACGAGAUACGGUGUUUAUUUGUAUAAUUUAACUAUAUAUCAUAUAAUUUACAGUUAAUUACUAAACAGUUACUGUGCGUUCUGCGAAGCAUAAGAACAACUUGGAUCUGCAAUGUGGAUGGCGCUAGGUAGACGCAAUGUCGUACGACGCCAUUCAAUUGAAACCUCUGACGAUCUACCCACGCCACAAAGAUUUCCGCGAACCGAUGCGCUUUCUGCAGAGUCUAUACGAACGGCCGGAUUACCAGCUGGAAAACCGCGGCGCCAUCGUAGUGCAGGUGCCGCGUCGUUUCAUCCAUCCGGAGCCUCCAGAAGUGGACCAGACGGCGUCCCUGUCCUGGGUAGUGGAACAGCAUCUCCGUCCGGAUCGCGAAGCGGGCAUGUGGCUGUACUCAGACAUUGACAAGCAAGUCAACAAGUACACCGUGGCGUCGUACUUGUCGAAAAUUGGUGAUCUGGAUCGUCGCUGUGACGUGGAAAAUUUCUUCGCAGAUCGCGAGAGCAGCCGCGAUGUCGUGCUGGAUGCGUGUUAUAUGGAGGGACACAUCUUUACGGAUGAUGAGCCCACUUUGAAAGACGUGCCGGAAUGGAAUUUCUCCAAUGUGAACGAUCUGAUGGAGGAGGCGGGAUGGGGACAGCGGACGCGCGGCUUUUUCAUCUCCAAUGCCGGCUCGGUGACGGCGCUGUCCUGUUCGGAUACAAAUUUGGGACUGCUGUAUUAUAUGCACUGGGGAGCGCCGAAAAUCUGGACUGUGGUGCCACCGAAAUAUUUCCGGACACUGCGGAACUGUUUUUAUCAGUUGUCGCCAAAGUGUUUCAAUGAGUGCCCCGCUAUGCACUUUUUUAGUGGAUAUAUGGAAGCAUCGUUCCUGGAACGCCAUCGGAUUCCUUUUGUCCAGUUCGAGCAGCAUCCUGGACAGAUGGUGGUAGUUUCGUACCAGUCGCAUUUUGAAUCGCUCAACACCGGUGUUCAUAUCGGAGAAAGCUGUAAUUAUGCCGAAGUGAACUGGUUGCGCUAUGCUAUGCAUCAAGUCCGCUGUAAGAAGAAUUGUCAGCCCAUAGAUAACGGUGAAGAAAUGCGAGAAUACGGUUUUACGAAGUAUCUUCCCGGUGUAAACGCGGCCACACUACCUGAUCCAACCGAGAAUGGCAAAUGGUAUUGUGCACGGGACUAUCUUCCCAGGGAUCUGAGGGGAAUGAGGUACGAACAAAAUGAGCACGCGUUCUUGGGACUGCCGGAAGAUGAUGAGGAUUUAUCUCAAGGCUCACAGAAUUAGAGGACACUGGCUGUUUUGUUAAUUGUAACGUAUUGUUGUUAUUGUUUUUAUACCGUGUCCCCGUACAGUUGACGCUGUCGGCGUCGGCGUGAGAUGGAGACUUAAGCUGUUACGUUAAUCCGCUAAAUUUGCUCAGUUUCUGGUGAUUUCUGCUAUGCCUGUACCCAGUAUGGGCAACUGCAUUGUGUUCUGGCAAGGCGUAUUUCUGCUUCCUGCGACCUUGUUAAUUUAGUUUUUUUGUGAAUGAUGCUUGUUAGCACUGCACCAACAAUUUUUAUAUAUUUUUUUUUAUUUUUUUUUAUAUGUUUCGAUUAUUUAGAAUUUGCUUUUUCUAAAUAUAUGCAGGCUCCAUGCAGUUAAAUAAAGGAUUUCAAUGA